GCUGAUUCGAGUGUUGAAAAGAAAUUUUUUUUACAAUUUUUAAUUCGUUACAUAAUUAAAUAACAAGAAAAUAUUGUCGUUUUUAGUUUUUAAAAAAAAGAAAGAAGUGAAUAGUGUUACGCAAAGAUGGCGAACAUUGUCCCGCAAACGUGCAGAAAUGCAUUAAAACAAGUUCGAGCAUUGCACGUGUCAGCGGGACAGAGCGCAGAGGCGAGAUUGAAGACAUUUUCAAUUUAUCGCUGGAAUCCUGACAAGCCUGAUGAAAAACCUUACAUGAAAGAGUAUAAGGUUGAUUUAAAUACAUGUGGUCCGAUGGUUUUGGACGCGUUGAUUAAAAUAAAGAACGAAAUUGAUCCAACCCUAACGUUUCGACGAUCGUGCCGUGAAGGAAUUUGCGGAUCUUGCGCCAUGAAUAUUGGAGGAUCGAAUACUCUCGCAUGUAUCAGCAAAAUUGAGUCGGACUUGAACAGUGCGAGUAAGAUUUAUCCAUUGCCGCACAUGUACAUCGUUAAGGAUUUAGUGCCGGAUAUGACGAAUUUUUACAAUCAGUAUCGCAAUAUUGAACCUUGGCUACAACGUUCCGAUGCAAAGAAAGAAUCGACGCAACAAUACCUUCAAAGUACGGACGAUCGUCAGAAAUUGGAUGGAUUAUAUGAAUGCAUAUUGUGCGCAUGUUGCAGUACUUCCUGUCCAUCUUAUUGGUGGAAUGGAGACAAAUAUCUAGGUCCUGCCGUUCUAAUGCAGGCUUACAGAUGGAUUAUCGAUUCCCGUGACACCCAAUCCGACAAACGUUUAGAAAAACUGAGGGAUCCCUUCUCCGUAUUUCGAUGCCAUACAAUUAUGAAUUGUACCCGAACUUGUCCCAAGGGCUUGAAUCCCGGAAAAGCAAUUGCGGAGAUAAAAAAAUUGUUGGGCAACGUUAUCCAGAAACCAGCACCUGGUCUCAAUACAACUGCUCUUCAAAGUUAAACAGAGAGAAAAAAAAAGUAAAUAGGAAACGAAAAAGACUCGAAAAAUAGUAAUUGUUCUUUUUUCUUCUCAUAGUCGACGAGUCAUUUGCAAUACUUACAAGAAACUACAAUAUUUACAAAUCGAAUUCUUUUUCUAAAAAUUUAUCAGUUAAUCAAUUUCUUUGUUUUUGAUUUCAAUUUACUAUUUGUUAUACGAAACAGACGUUUCGUUAUAAUUAUAUAUUUUUUAGAACACAUUGUAAAGAAUGUAUUUAUAAAAUACAAUCGAAGAAAACAAAUUUA